UUUGCACUUCAGAAGCAAUGGGAAAAAUCAGCAGUCUUCCAACCCAAUUAUUUAAGUGCUGCUUUUGUGAUUUCUUGAAGGUAAAGAUGCACAUCACGCCCUCCUCGCAUCUCUUCUACUUGGCCCUGUUCUUGCUCACCUUCACCAGCUCUGCCACGGCUGGACCCGAGACCCUCUGUGGGGCUGAGUUGGUGGACGCCCUUCAGUUCGUGUGCGGAGACAGGGGCUUUUAUUUCAACAAGCCCACGGGGUAUGGCUCGAGCAGUCGGAGGGCGCCUCAGACAGGAAUCGUGGACGAAUGCUGCUUCCGGAGCUGUGAUCUGAGGAGGCUGGAGAUGUACUGCGCGCCUCUCAAGCCUGCCAAGUCGGCCCGCUCUGUCCGUGCCCAGCGCCACACCGACAUGCCCAAGGCUCAGAAGGAAGUACAUUUGAAGAACACAAGUAGAGGGAGUGCAGGAAACAAGAACUACAGAAUGUAGGAAGACUUUCCUGAAGAGUGAAGAAUGACAUGCCACUGGCAGGAUCCUUUGCUCUGCACGAGUUACCUGUUAAACACCAGAAGACCUACCAAAAAAAUAAGUUUGAUAACAUUUCAAAAGAUGGGCAUUCCCCCCAAUGAAAUACGCAAGUAAACAUUCCAA